AUGAAAAGAGAGCAUCACAGUCACCCCCACCACCCUAAUCCAAACCCAUCCGUGGCUUCCACUUCCAACGAUAAGGCCGGUAAGGCGGCGAUGUGGGAGGAGUCCCAGCACGACGACGGCAUGGAUGAGCUUCUGGCUGUGUUGGGUUACAAGGUGAAGUCAUCAAGCAUGGCCGAUGUGGCCCAGAAGAUUGAACAGCUUGAAGAGUUCAUGGGGACUGUUCAGCAAGAUGGGCUGUCUCAUCUGGCUUCGGAUACUGUUCAUUACAAUCCGUCGGAUCUGUCGAAUUGGCUGGAGAGCAUGAUUUCGGAGAUUACUCCGCCUUCGAAUUUCGAGCCGGUAAUGGCGCCGCCACCGCCGCUGGGCAGCUCUGUUAUGAUGAACGAUUCGUUUUUGGCUCCGGCCGAAUCUUCCACCAUAACCUCUAUAGAUUUUGCAGAUCAAAGCAUGAACACCAAGAGCAAAUCUGUAAGUCCAAGAACCCAGUUUGAGGACUGCUCUUCUUCUUCCAAUUACGAGCUGAAAGCUAUACCUGGUAAGGCCAUCUUCAGUCAGCAAACCCAGUUCGAUUCUUCCCCAAGAGAGCCCAAACGACUCAAACCCUCGCCGGAUUUCUACUCCACCACCUCCUCCUCCUCCCUCCAGCCCGUCUCCCUCCCCCUCCCCACCGCCGCGGAGUCAACUCGCCCGGUGGUGGUUGUCGAUUCGCAAGAAAACGGAGUCAGAUUAGUCCACGGUCUCAUGGCCUGCGCCGAAGCCGUCCAGCAGAACAACCUCAACCUAGCCAAGGCCCUGGUCACCCAGAUCAGCUACUUAGCUAUUUCCCAAGCCGGCGCUAUGCGUAAAGUCGCCACCUUCUUCGCCGAGGCUCUAGCCCAGCGGAUCUUCCGGGUCUACCCCGCCGCUCCGAUCGACCACUCCUACUCCGAGAUGCUCCAGAUGCACUUCUACGAGACCUGCCCUUACCUCAAAUUCGCUCAUUUCACAGCUAAUCAAGCCAUUCUAGAAGGUUUCCAAGGCAAGAAGCGGGUUCAUGUCAUCGAUUUCUCCAUGAACCAAGGGAUGCAAUGGCCUGCUCUGAUGCAGGCCCUCGCUCUCCGCCCCGGCGGCCCGCCCGUGUUCCGCCUUACCGGAAUCGGCCCACCGGCGGCGGACAACUCGGACCAUCUCCAAGAAGUUGGGUGGAAACUGGCGCAGCUAGCGGAGACCAUACAUGUGGAAUUCGAGUACAGAGGGUUUGUUGCUAACAGCUUAGCUGAUCUAGAUGCUUCUAUGCUGGAGCUCAGACCCAGCGAGGUCGAGUCGGUCGCGGUUAACUCGGUGUUCGAGCUGCACAAGCUGUUAGCUCGGCCCGGUGCGAUCGAGAAAGUGCUGUCCGUUGUGAAGCAGAUGAAGCCGGAGAUCGUUACGGUGGUAGAGCAGGAGGCGAACCACAACGGUCCGGUUUUUCUGAACCGGUUCAAUGAGUCGCUUCACUAUUACUCGACCCUGUUUGACUCGCUGGAGGGUUCGGUCAACAGUCAAGAUAAAAUGAUGUCCGAGGUGUACUUGGGGAAGCAAAUCUUCAAUGUGGUGGCAUGUGAGGGCGUCGAGCGGGUGGAGCGCCACGAGACGCUGGCUCAGUGGCGAACCCGGUUCGACAAGUCCGGUUUUACUCCGGUUCAUCUCGGUUCCAACGCGUUCAAGCAGGCCAGCAUGCUUCUGGCCCUCUUCGCCGGCGGAGAUGGGUACAGAGUGGAGGAGAACGACGGGUGUUUGAUGUUAGGGUGGCAUACUCGGCCGCUCAUUGCCACCUCGGCCUGGAAACUCGGCGCCCAAGCGGUGAUGACUCACUGAGUCGGGUCAACGCGUUGGGUGUGUUUUUUUUUUUCUUCUCAAAUAUCUGGGUUUGUUUUUGGUGCCAACCAAACAAGGCCUAGUGGUGGGGUGUCAAUGCCUGCCCUUUGAGUGAGUUGGUUUGGCCCUCAAUGUGCUACUCUGAGCUGGGGUGCGUACGAUAAGGGUGAUUGAGACCCACAGAUGCCCCCACCCACCAUUACCGAGUCUCUGUUUUUGCUUUUUAUUUUUUACUCAAGUUUGUCAAAGGGGUUAAUUUUCUGGAUCAAGAAUCAAGAGGUGGCUGAUGAUAAUGAUGUGUACCAUUGUUUAUAUCUAUAUAGGUUGGUGGUGAUAAUAAAAAGAAAAUUAAAACCUUUUUGACUGCUAUUGUUGUGUUCUAUUUAUUUC